AUGGCUGGACCUGCUGUUGGAGACACUGAAGCAGAGUAUAGUCACCAGAUGUCCUCAAGCCAGAAAGAAGUUGGAGUCUUUCUACUUUUGACAGAGGACAACCACCAAAACAAAAAUCCACUUAAGAUUUUGGAAUACCUGAACAAAGAUGUCAUCAAUGGCAUAAUGGAUAACUUGGUGAAAAAAAAAUAACAGAAACUGAAGGAAGCAGAACGGAAAAAAAAUUAUGAUACCAAAACUGAUGACAAGGCCUGGGUCUUUGUAAACUCUGUGGAAGAGCAUGGGGCAGAUGAAAUGCUUAUCCAGUCUGUCCUUACUGUGGACCAAAUGUUCAGCAGUGUAGAAGCUCCUCCAGAAAUCAAGGCUGGACCAGCUGAGUCAGCAGAAUCUACCGAUACCAUCAAGCUUUGCCCUCAUGAAGACUUCCUGAGAAUGAGUAAAGAAUGGGCUGGAGAGAUCUAUCCCAUAAAGGAGAAAAAGGAUCGCACUCGCCUGGCUCUCAUCAUAUGCAAUACAGAGUUUGACCAUCUUGCGCCGAAGCAUGGGGCUGACCACGAUAUCGUGGGGAUGAAGGGGCUGCUUGAAGGCCUGGGCUACAGUGUGAAUGUAAAAGAGAAACUCACAGCCAGGGGUAUGGAGUCAGUGCUGCGGGAAUUUGCUGCCCGACCAGAGCACAAGUCCUCGGACAGCACCUUCGUGGUGCUCAUGUCUCAUGGCAUCCUGGAUGGAAUCUGUGGAACGAGGCACAGUGAGGGAACGUCGGAUGUGCUGCCUUAUGACACUGUCUUCCAGUUAUUCAACAACCGCAACUGCGUCAGUCUAAAGGACAAACCCAAGGUCAUCAUUGUCCAGGCCUGCAGAGGUGCAAACCAUGGGGAAGUGUGGGUCAGAGACUCUCCAGAAGCCUUGGCAGCCAGCUCCUCACAGUCACUGGAGAACCUGGAGGAAGAUUCUGUUUGCAAGACCCACGUGGAGAAGGACUUCAUUGCUUUCUGCUCCUCCACCCCACAUAACAUGUCCUGGAGAGAUAUCACAAAGGGCUCCCUCUUCAUCACACAACUCAUCACAUGCUUCCAGAAAUACUCUUGGUGCUGUCACCUAGAAGAAGUAUUUCGGAAGGUACAACAAUCAUUUGAAACACCAAGCGUUCAAGCCCAGAUGCCCACCAUUGAAGGAUUAUCCAUGACAAGAUAUUUCUAUCUCUUUCAAGGACAUUGAACAUAGAAACCACAGGCAGCCCAGCCCUCCUUUAUCAACUUCAAGAAGUACUUUACCAGUACAGAACAAGCAUUUAACCUUUUGUAUUUCAAUAAAAGUGAAAACAAA